AUGGGUAAGGUUAUUUCUACGAUUGAACGUCCCCUGGUUUCAUGGCUGGCGGGUACUCAACCCCCACCCAGGAAUUCUACUAAAAAAGAAUUCAGAAAACAGCCAAACAUCCAGCCUUCUACGGACAGGUAAGUGGAUAGCGGCUGCAGGUAUAUUAGAAGAUGGGGGUCAGAGUUUGAUAAAGAGUAGAAUAAAGGAUGGUUUGUUAAUGGGCAUCAUUUCUAUAAAUAACACAGCUUUCCUGUAGAUUGAAUUGUGUUGUCAUUAUAUGAAUGGGAGUAAAAUCCUUAAAAUGUGAAUUUGUGUUUGAUACUUGUUAUUUUUCUUAACUGAUGAGAUAAAAAAUGAACACAACAAUGUGUGUAGCUUAGCCCAUUUGUAGUGAUUGAUAUAAAAUAAGCAGGCAUUAUAUACGGGGGUGCAAAAAAAAAGGAAAAUAUAUAGCAAUUAAUAAAGGUGUUUUGAGUCCAUAAUCAGACAGGACCAUCCUGUGAUGAAAUGAGUCUUGAAGAAUUUCACAGGUUUUACACAUUAAAUCAAAUUAUUUAACCAUUACAAUACAACCCAAAUAACAAUGCAUAAUAUAUAAUGAUUUAUUUUAUCAUUUCCUAAACACACUCAGUUAUUUCAAACACAAAACAUCAAAUGUGUGAAAUAUGAGACUUCACUAAUCAUUUUCUCUUUCCUAAACAGGCUACCUCUUAAAUCAGAGCCCCAGACAUUCCCCCAAUUAUCAUCUAAUCUGGAUAUUUCUCCAGAAACUGAGAAGGGGAAGAGAUGGGAGCCACGGGAGCAGAAUGGUGGGUUUGUGGCAGAAAUUCUAAAAUGUUGCCAACAAGGCACAGAGAGACGUCGCCUUCCCCCUUCUGUUACAUCUAAAUUUGCUGUGCUUGAUAAAAGGUAAAUACUAUAUGAUCACAUUAACAAAUUGCGAUAAUAACCUCUAGGCUGGGUGCUGGAAGAAUUAGCCUGACCUUUUUUGUUUUUGUGUUUUUGUUCAAAAGCUUUAGACAUUAUGAUACCUAUGUCAGAUAUAGAAAAGAGGAGAAGAAACCUGAUGUACCAUACUAUAUUCGGGUGACUCCAAAAAAAUCCAACUUGGAAAUUCGUUAUGCUCGACCACCUAGGUAAGUGUAUCAUGAGACACAGAAUGACUGACCAUAAUCCUAUAAGGUUAUCCAAAUAAAACUGCAGGGUCCUCAGUAAUCCAAUACCCUGGUUCUCUCACUGGCUGUCUGUGUACACAGGAAACCAAUGAGAGAAGAUCCACAGAUAGAGAAAGAUGUCAAUGUUCUUUAUGAGCCAACAUCACAAAUUUCUGAGGAGUACUACAGCAACUUGACUUACCAGGAAUUACCUAAUUUCUAUAAGAUAUGUAUUUUAAUAUAAACAGAAGCUUUAAUGGUACAAAUUAGAAUAUUUACUGAAAUUACUGUAACCAGAAUGUAAUGUAUGUAUCAUAAAUGAUCUGAUAGUGUUACUAACGGCUGUGUAAUAAUGACUGAUAGAUAACGAGUGAUAGGGUAGUUGAUGGACUGAAAGUGAGAGGAAAGCUGAAGAGGAAUAAGAUAAGUGACAAAAUGGGCUGAUGGAUGGAAAGGGAGAAAAGGAUAUAAUUGUUAGAACUGUAUUUUAACGUUUCCUAUUUUAAUUGCAGGGACCCAUUCCUAUUCUCUAAGGUGAAGCCUAAAUUACUUCCAAAACAAUACAAAACAACUAAAAAGGCUGAAAGUGUAAAUUAUUGUGCAGAGUGUCAUAAACAGGAUAAUAUUCUACAGCCUGCACCUGUCACAAGUCUAGAGGAUAUUCCUUAUCGGCCUUCUACGGACAGGUAAGUGGACAAUUGCUGCAGGUAUAUUAAAUGGGGUUAUUGGAAGAUGGGGAUCAGAGUUCGAUAGAGAUUAGAAUAAAGUUUGGUUUGUUAAUGGGCAUAAUUUCCUUAAAUAACAGAACUUUACAGUAGAUUUAAUAAUGUUAUCUCUAAAUGAAUAGUAGUAAUCUAUGCGGUAAAAUGCUUAAAAUUGAAUUUGAGUUACACCUUUUAGCUAUUUUUCUAAACAGAUGAGAUAAAAAAAAAGAUCAAAUCCAUGAAUGUGUGCAGCCUAGCUCAUUUGUAGUGAUGGAAAUUGAAAUAAAAUAAACAGGCAUGAUAUACAAGGGUGUUAAAAAAAAAAAAAAAAAGAAAAGUUAAAUAUAUAUGAAUUAAAGGGUCACUAUAGACACCAGAACAACUACAGCUUAAUGUACAAAAUGUGUUUACAUUGCUCCCUAGGGACACCUACAGUGGCAAUCACUCAGGCAGCCACUAUAGGUGCUUCCUGUGGCAAUGCUGCAGAGUGUGCAGCACUGACAUUCAGCGUCUCCACGCGCUUCAUGAAGACACUGAGCAUUCCUCUUCGAGAUGCAUCAAUUUAUGAUUGGCCAGGACAGCGUUGCCUCCGCCCCCAGCAUGCCUUCUUGGCUGGGAUCAUUAAAAUUUACUAACUCAGUCAAUCCAAUGCUUUCUAAAGGUAAAGCAUUGGAUUGGCUGAGAUCAUCAAUUCUGUUUAUCAGCCAAGGAGGCAGUUUAGGGAUGGAGCCCUGCGUGGCGCUGGAAAAAGGUGAGUUUAAACCCUUUUACUUUCCUGACAGGGGGCUGAGGCACUAAAUAGUAAUAUUAGAACUAUAGUGUCAGGAAUACAUAUUUGUUUUUCUGACACAAUAAUGCCCCUUUAUUAAAUGUGUUUUGAGACCCCAGCACUAUCCUGGGCUGAAAUGCAGGAUGUAAUUAUUCCAGACGUGUCAAAGGUUUUACACAUCAAAUUGAAUUAUUUAAUCGUUAGAAUACAACCCAAAUAGCAAUGCAUAAUAUCUAAUGGCUUCUUGUAUCAUCUCCUAAACACACUCUGUUAUUCCAGAGAUAUAACAUCAAUUUAUUAAUGACCUUUUUGUUUUCUGGUGUGUUUUUCUUCAAACCCUUUAGACAUUAUAAUAACUAUGUCCGAUUUGGCAAAGAGGAGAAGAUUCCCGAUGUACCAUACUAUAUUCGGGUGACUCCACGAGAAACUAACCAACUAAUGACAUGUGCUCGGCCACCUAGGUAAGUGUAUCAUGAGACACAGAAUGACUGACCAUAAUCCAAUAAGGUUAUCCAAAUAAACCUUCAGUGUCCUCAGUAAACCAAUAUCUUGGUUCUCUUACUGGCUGGCUGUGUACACAGGAAACCAAUGAGAGAAGAACCACAGAUAGCGAAAGAUGUCAAUGCUCUUUCUGAGCCAACAUCACAAAUCUCAAAUUGGAAAAUUAAAUUAUUACAAUACAACCCAAAUAGCAAUGCAUAAUAUCUAAUGGCUUCUUGUAUCAUCUCCUAAACACACUCUGUUAUUCCAGAGAUAUAACAUCAAUUUAUUAAUGACCUUUUUGUUUUCUGGUGUGUUUUUCUUCAAACCCUUUAGACAUUAUAAUAACUAUGUCAGAUUUGGCAAAGAGGAGAAGAUUCCCGAUGUACCAUACUAUAUUCGGGUGACUCCACGAGAAACUAACCAACUAAUGACAUGUGCUCGGCCACCUAGGUAAGUGUAUCAUGAGACACAGAAUGACUGACCAUAAUCCUAUAAGGUUAUCCAAAUAAACCUUCAGUGUCCUCAGUAAACCAAUACCCUGGUUCUCUCACUGGCUGUCUGUGUACACAGGAAACCAAUGAGAGACGAACCACAGAUAGAGAAAGCUGUCAAUGUUCUUUCUAAGCCAACAUCACAAAUCUCAAAUUGAAUUAUUUAAUCAUUACAAUACAACCCAAAUAGCAAUGCAUAAUAUCUAAUGGCUUCUUGUAUCAUCUCCUAAACACACUCUGUUAUUCCAGAGAUAUAACAUCAAUUUAUUAAUGACCUUUUUGUUUUCUGGUGUGUUUUUCUUCAAACCCUUUAGACAUUAUAAUAACUAUGUCCGAUUUGGCAAAGAGGAGAAGAUUCCCGAUGUACCAUACUAUAUUCGGGUGACUCCACGAGAAACUAACCAACUAAUGACAUGUGCUCGGCCACCUAGGUAAGUGUAUCAUGAGACACAGAAUGACUGACCAUAAUCCAAUAAGGUUAUCCAAAUAAACCUUCAGUGUCCUCAGUAAACCAAUAUCUUGGUUCUCUUACUGGCUGGCUGUGUACACAGGAAACCAAUGAGAGAAGAACCACAGAUAGCGAAAGAUGUCAAUGCUCUUUCUGAGCCAACAUCACAAAUCUCAAAUUGGAAAAUUUAAUUAUUACAAUACAACCCAAAUAGCAAUGCAUAAUAUCUAAUGGCUUCUUGUAUCAUCUCCUAAACACACUCUGUUAUUCCAGAGAUAUAACAUCAAUUUAUUAAUGACCUUUUUGUUUUCUGGUGUGUUUUUCUUCAAACCCUUUAGACAUUAUAAUAACUAUGUCAGAUUUGGAAAAGAGGAGAAGAUUCCCGAUGUACCAUACUAUAUUUGGGUGACUCCACGAGAAACUAACCAACUAAUGACAUGUGCUCGGCCACCUAGGUAAGUGUAUCAUGAGAUACAGAAUGACUGACCAUAAUCCUAUAAGGUUAUCCAAAUAAACCUUCAGUGUCCUCAGUAAUCCAAUACCCUGGUUCUCUCACUGGCUGUCUGUGUACACAGGAAACCAAUGAGAGAAGAUCCACAGAUAGAGAAAGAUGUCAAUGGUCUUUCUGAGUCAACAUCACAAAUCUCAAAUUGGAAAAUUUAAUCAUUACAAUAUGAGUCAAAUAAUAACCUGUAAUAUAUAAUGGCUUCUUCUAUCAUUUCCUAAACACACUCAGUUAUUCCAGAAAUAUAACAUCAAACGUGAAAUAUGAAACUCCAAUAAUCAGUCUUUCUUUCCUAAACAGGCUACCACUUAAAGCAGAGCCCCAGACAUUCCCCCAGGUAUCACCUAAUCUGGAAAUCUCUCCAGAUCUUGAGAAAGGGAAGAGAUGGGAGCCACAGGAACAGAAUGAGGGGUUUGUGGAAGAAAGUCUAAAAUGUUGCCAAAAAACCACAAAGAGACUUUGCUUGCCCCCUUCUGUUACAUCUAAAUUUGCUGUGCUUGAUAAAAGGUAAAUACUGUGUGAUCACAUUAAUCAAAGGGGAGACAUCUUUUUGUUUUCUAUUGUUGAUGUUUGUUUUAACAAAUUGAGAUUUUAGCCUCUCCACCGGGUGCUGGAAGAAUUAGCCUGACCUUUUGUUUUUUUGUGUGUUUUUCUUCAAACCCUUUAGACAUUAUAAUAACUAUGUCAGAUAUGGAAAAGAGGAGGAGAUUCCCGAUGUACCAUACUAUAUUCGGGUGACUCCACGAGAAACUAACCAACUAAUGACAUGUGCUCGGCCACCUAGGUAAGUGUAUCAUGAGACACAGAAUGACUGACCAUAAUCCAAUAAGGUUAUCCAAAUAAACCUUCAGUGUCCUCAGUAAACCAAUAUCUUGGUUCUCUUACUGGCUGGCUGUGUACAUAGGAAACCAAUGAGAGAAGAACCACAGAUACAGUGAUCACAAAUCACUAGGAAAUACUACCGAAAGUGACUUACCAGGCAUUACCUAAUUUCUAUAUGAUAUGUAUUUUAAUAUAAACAGAAGCUUUAAUGGUACAAAUUAGAAUAUUUACUGGAAUUACUGUAACCAGAAUGUAAUGUGCGUAACAUAAAUGAUCUGAUAGUGUCACUAUAAGCUGUGCAAUAAUGACUGAUAGAUAACGAGUGAUAGGGUAGCUGAUGGACUGAAAGUGAGAGGAAAGCUGAAGAGGAAUAAGAUAAGUGACAAAAUGGGCUGAUGGAUGGAAAGGGAGAAAAGGAUAUAAUUGUUACAACUGUAUUUUAACUUUAUCUAUUUUUUAAUUGCAGAGACCUAUUCCUAUUCUCUAAGGUAAAGCCUAAAUUACUUCCAAAACAAUAUAAAACAACUAAAAAGGCUACAAAUGUCCAAGAAAAAGAAGUAGACAAAAAAGAACUGGAAAAUGAACAAAAGUAUUCUGCAGAGUAUUGUAAACACAAUAUUAUUCCACAGCCUGAAGCGGUCACAAGUCUAGAGGAUAUUCCCUGUCACUUGCUGCAGGCAAGGUCUCUAGAGCCUACAGAGAUUAUCACACAUCUAGAAGACAACACUUCUCUAGAAUGUCCUGUUUCUACUAUUGAACCUCAUACAAGUGGAUUAACAGAGGAGUUGCCAGUAAACCUUGGUCAGACACAGUUCACUUUAGGUUGUCCACAUGAGCCUACAAAUCUAGAUUCUCAGAACCCAGUUACAGCUAUUUUACUACAGCCUACCUCUCUACAGCCUACAGAGGUUAUCACACAUCUAGAAGACAACACUUCUCUAGAUUGCCCUGUUACUACUAUCGGACCUCAUACAAGUGGAUUGACAAAGGAGUUGCCAGUAAACCUUUGUCAGCCACAGUCCACUUUAGAUUUUCCACUUGAGCCUAUAAAUCUAGAUUCUCAGAACACAUUUACAGCUAUUUUACUACAGUCCACCUUUCUAGAGCCUACAGAGGUUAUCACACAUCUAGAAGACAACACUUCUCUAGAAUGUCCUGUUACUACUAUCGAACCUCAUACAAGUGGAUUAACAGAGGAGUUGCCAGUAAACCUUGGUCAGCCACAGUCCACUUUAGGUUGUCCAUGUGAGCCUACAAAUCUAGAUUCUCAGAACCCAGUUACAGCUAUUUUACUACAGCCUACCUCUCUAGAGCCUACAGAGGUUAUCACACAUCUAGAAGACAACACUUCUCUAGAAUGCCCUGUUACUACUAUCGGACCUCAUACAAGUGGAUUGAUAGAGGAGUUGCCAGUAAACCUUGGUCAGCAACAGUCCACUUUGGAUUGUCAACCUGAGCCUAUGAACCUAGAUUCCCGGGAGGCUGUCAAAGAUCAAGAUCCAGGUAUUCUGUUAGUGGGCCCAGUUUGUCCUGCCAAAUCAGGCACUAGUGAAAUGUUAGAGGAGCUGCCUGUAAACCUUGGUCAGCCACAGUCCACUUUGGAUUGUCAACCUGAGCCUAUGAAUCUACAUUCUCGGGAAGCUGUCAAAGAUCAAGAUCCAGGUAUUCUUCUAGUGGGCCCAGUUUGUCCUGCCAAAUCAAGCACUGGUGAAAUGUUAGAGGAGUUACCAGUAAGCUCUGACAUUGUGAGUUAUCACUCCAAAACUACUUUGGAUUGCCCCACUGUUCAGCCAGAGGAGUUGCUUCUAUUCAAUCAAAAGGUUACGCCUGAGCAGGAACAAACUGAGAUGAAGAAUAAUCAGCCAGGAAAACAUGUGUGUCUGAGCAGUGACCAUGAAGAGCAGCCAUUGCCAGAAGACAAAGAAAAAGAGCCACCUGGUGAGGCUGAUAUAGUUCGAAAGAAAAGUCAAGACCUUCCAGUACCUGUACUCCAAGAGAAGAAAAAUAUUGAAUCAAAGGUGGAAAGGAUACACUAUGACAGGGAAUCUUUACUUAAAUUCAAAUCUAUAACACAAGAGCCAAGGGAUUUGUCUGAGAUUGCAAAACUCUACCAAGGUAUGCUCAUUAGACCUCACCUUCGACCAGUAGAUCCAUCACGAUUUACCAACAGGAAAUGUACACCUCUAACUGCAAAUUUCAUCCACCCUGCUAAGGAUAAUUACAGACUGCCAUGUGGAAUGGGCCAAAUGAGGUCCCCGCAAGCUCCUAGUACAGAACUUCGCAAAAUCCUUCAAGUAAGUGAGAAUAUAAAACCGCAUACAUCUGAAAAGGCUUGGAAACCUCCCAUGAAAAGAGCAAAUGAAGAUCACACUCUUGCCAAGGCUCAAGAAUUGGUUCGCAAAGUUCGCAGCAUUCUAAAUAAAAUCACACCUCAGACAUUCCAGCACUUAACCAAGCAGGUGAAAGACCUCUCUAUACAUACAGAAUAUCAACUGAAAGGUGUUGUAGAAGUCAUCUUUGAAAAAGCAGUAGCAGAGCCACAUUUUGCUGUUGUAUACGCCAGCAUGUGCAACUGGCUAAUGAUGCUUGAGGUCCCAACGGAAGACAACCCUGAAGAAAGCAUUACAUUCCGUAGGCUGCUAAUAAGACUCUGCCAGAAGGAGUUUGAGAAAGUUGAAAAUGGGAAUGAAAAAACUGAGAAACUGCAAAAGGAACUGGAUGCUGCCACAUCACCGAGGGAAAAGGCCCUACUAAAAGACGAAUUAAGUGAUGCUUGUAAUAAAGCACGCAGGCGAUACCAAGGAAACAUCAAAUUUAUUGGGGAGCUAUUUAAGCUAAAAUUUCUCUCUGAAGACACCAUGAAAGACUGCCUAAUGAAACUACUAAACAGGAACAGCGAGGAGUCCAUCGAAUGUAUCUGCCUUUUGCUCACUACAAUUGGAAAAUCCUUGGAAAAUGGACAGUGUCGCUUGGACAACUAUAUCAGCAAGAUUGACAUCUUUAUUAAAAACCAGAAAACCUCUUCGCGGAUUCGAUUUUUGGUGCAGGAUGUGAUGGAAUUAAGAAAAAAUAACUGGGUACCUCGACAUACACCUCAGGGACCGAAAACAAUAGAGCAAAUUCAUAAAGAGGUAGAACUGGAAUCUAGACGAAAAGAGCAGUGA